GCACACGUUGAACAGAAGCAAAGUCGAACGUGCGGUGCCACAAUAGCGCUCGGGGAAGUUGUUUACCGGCUGUAACAUGGCUCUACCAAGAAACUCUGCGGUGAGGCAUCGUUGCCAUCGCCUCAAUCGGUGCCACUCAGUUUGGGUGCCAUCCCUGGUUCUUUUCGCGAUAUUUUAUCCCGAUGCCGUGAAGGCGUUUACAACCGAAACGGGCACCUACCUUUCGUGGAAAGAUGAGAUUCGUUCGAUGCAUGGGGCGGCGGCGAUGAUUCACCCCGAUCGAUUGCAACAAAAAUUACUCUGCACCACAUCCUUGAAUGCAUCCCCACCAGAGGCAAGCGAGGAAAAGAUAAACCUAAUGGAAGAGGCCUCCGGAAAGGAGUUUCUGGAGUACAUGUUUCGCCACAGAGGAUGCCAGGGUGAACCUGACGCCGUUACAAUACUAGUCGAUGAAUCCACCGGCUACAGAGGCCUGUACGUCUCCUGCAAAGAAGGCAUCCAAAAAGGAGACUACAUUUUUGCCGUUCCCUUUUCUUCGGCCUGGAUUGUGGAGAGCGAAAAAGACGGCGAUGAAUGUGGCGGUGGCAGAGAGGGGGAACUGUCGGACUCCGAGCGCGGGCUCCGCUUUUGGAACUGGCGGAACGAGCGUGGGCGAGACAAAUCGAACGAGGACGACGACGACGACUGGAAACCCUACCUUUGUCUCCUUCCGAGCAACGAAAGCAACGACGCGUCGCUGUUCGAUCCGACGCCCGACUUUUGGCCCGACGAUGAGAUCCGAGCACUCGAAUUGCCCCUAGCAGUGGAACAGGCUCUCGCAAAAAAGAAGAUGGUCCGGGACCAGGCGGCGGCAAUUGCCGCGGAUCACAGCUGCAACAAAAGCAUCGUAUCCGAAGACGAGUUGCGGUUUGCUACUUGGUUGAUUAAUUCGCGAGCCGUCACUGUGAUUCUCCAGAACGAGGACGAAAAGGAGGAAGAGGAUCACGAAGACACGGACGAGGACGACUAUCUCGAUGUCGACAACGAAAACUUCACAGCUACAUGCGUCUUGGUUCCCCUUUUAGAUAUGAUCAACCAUUCGUCGGAAGUACCGAAUGCCUAUUUCUCUGUGCUUGGAGACGAUGGAGAUGACGAUGAAGAUGAAGGAGUACAGGAACAAGACGACGACGACGGGGAGGAGCUAUUUUACGCCGUGAUUGCCGAUCGGGACAUCCGCGAGGGCGAAGAAAUCUUGAUUUCCUACGGUAGCGAACAAGACUCGUCGCUCGACCUUUUGCUCCAGUACGGGUUUGUUCCCUCCGAGAACCCCUUCGACGUGGACUUCUGGGAUUCUCUUUCUUCCGAGUCCGACAACGACACGGACGGAUACGGAUACGGAUGUGGAGGCUCCCUCGAUGGUUCCUGCUGGAGCACGACCCUCGAGGAGGACGUGGAACGUCGAAACCAGCUGUCGCUGGCGACAACAGAAACCGAAACCGAUGGGUUGACGGUGGGCGAUCAGCGUAGGUCAAUAGAGAUCGAGCGCAUCAUACUGGACUUUCGGAUCCGCAUGAAACGCGCCUUUGCAGAUUGGAAGGCCUGAUCAAAUGCAUUUCUCGUAGAUGCAAAUGGCAUACCUCUGUUCCAUAGCUUGGCAGGAAUCAAACGUUUUUUGUUGUUGCGAAUACCCUGUCUCCGUUCCGGAGCUUGGAAAUGAGAACGUCAAUGAAGGUAACCCUUUCGCAAAGAUUACUGCUCUUGUCCUUUGAAAAUAGAGAACAUCACUGAAGGCGACUCUUUCGCAAAGAUUACUGCUCUUGUCCUUUGAAACUGUUGGAGAAAGAACCUCCCAUUUCUCUCCCAAUCAAGGAUACAACGUAGAGCUGUCUUUGCCAUUGAGGGGAUGUCGCAAAAGUGCAUGUAAUGAGGUGCUAGUGUGAAAUUACAAGUGCAAGGAGCAUGCAUGGAGCAGGGCAUCAAAGAUACAAUGUUUGUAACGAUAGCAAGACUUUCCGAAACGUCAUUGAUGCAGUUCACGGGAAAAGUUCCAAGAUGAGAGAAAAAUGACUAAGGAGUGUGGUAUGGUAGCGGAUUGGUUCGAAUUAUGUUCUUUACGUCGAACACCAUUUUGAAAUGAUGUCAUGUGCUUUCACUAGCCGUUUCGUAGUCUGCCAUGGACAGAAUAAUCAAGAUGCAUAUUC